AUGGGUGAUGAUGGCCUACUAUUGGAGCCUUCACUCUCUCAGGAAAUAGGCACAUGCCUUAAAGAAGUUCCAAUGAUUCUGAAUAUUAUAAGCAGAGCUGCAUACACCAGAGCUGCUCUAUCAGAGUUCCCCUUAGCUGGUGAGCUAAUUGUCUUUGAAUCAAUACACAAUAGCAAAGUCACCAGCCAUGUAAAGCUUGAGGUCCAUAGCAGAGCUGAUGAGAAUAAGCGCAUCCACCACCUGAGGCCUCUCAACAUCACAAUUGCAACCAAGCAGCAGAUUAGAACUCGCCAACACAGUACCAAUGCUUCAGAAGUCGCGCUACCUUUAGAGGAAAUCCUUCAGAAACAGGCAAUGGAGAAAAGAAACAAGAACAAGAGGAGAGAAACCAAGAAGGAAAAAUUUCAAGAUACACCACUUUAUAUAUUUUCUUCUUGGGGCAAAAGAGUCUGGGAGCCUGUAACUCCCAGGCCUGUUAUGGCAUCCCAAACAGCCAUAAGAGGCCGGGGACUGGUGUAUGAAAGACCACCUUUCCACCUAGUGUACUGCAGAGAAUUCACUUCUGGUGUCACACAAGUAUUUUCUCUCAGCUUUCUUGCCAUUCUGAGUCCUCCUCAUACAAAUUGUAAUAUGAUGAAUGAGAGGACACUUUUCCAGUAUCUUGCAGGGGAGAAGUGUAAUCUUGUAACCCAUAACCAGGACCAGAUGUUGGCACUAAGACCAGUGAAAGCAUUGCAAGAUCAGAAUGUGGGGACAAGGGGAGCAUAUGUACCACCAUGUGCAGCAGUUAGUGUUGAUGUUGAAGGGCUGGUGGCUGCCCACAUGCCCCAUAUUGCAUCACUCCUUCACCAGUCAGCACCCAGAUGGUUUCAAGAGCUGAAAGAGGCUCUGAGUGUAUCAUGUGACCAAAGAGAUAUCAUGUUAGACAAGGAUCUGCCAUCUCCUCAAACAACAGUGAGAUGCAGAAGCUUGGAUGUGAAAAAAGCAGCAAUAAAAGAAAACACUGAAGCUUUCAAAAAGCUCACUGGCAUUCCAAUCCUGAUAUUCAAACAGAUAGCUAGAGGCAAAUCUCUCUGGCAUUAA